AUGAUUUCCAGACUCUGCCGCACUGCUAUCAAUGUUCACUCACCCUUGCCUCAGGCCGCGCUACGCGGCCCCGGUGACUAUUUCCGUCGAUCUCUUCAUGCAUCCACUUCACUCCGACUGGACUACUUCGAUGAAGUCAUGGUCGACCAUAACAAUCUUCGUGAUUUACACUCAAGGUUUAUCACUGCUUAUGAGAAGAAGGACGAGAGCGAAAUGACAAGGAUCUCUAAUACUAUUAUUCGUGAAGCAGCACUUCAUUCGGAUGGCGAGGAACUAUCCAUUUACAAAGUGUUGGACCAAAAAGGCCUGAGAGAAUACUCAGAAAAGGAUCGAGAGGAUCAUCAAAAAGUAAAGCAGGCGCUGAAGCACGUGGACUCUAGCAGUAUUUCUUCAUUGGGUAUCAUGGAGUACGCAGAUGCAGUUGAGCGGGCAUGCCAAUUACUUUUCACCCAUGCAGAGGAAGAAGAGAAGAUACACUACAAGAAACUCUCUUCGAUCUUGAGCGAUACCGAGAAAGCAAACCUUGCGGUACGAUUCUUGAAGUCGCGGAAUAUGGCACCUAGUCGACCGCACCCUUCGUCUCCCCAGCAUGGUGGGCCAGGUCAGAUGGUGAUGGGUGGUAUGGCGAAACCCAUCGAUGCUGCUGUCAACGCGAUGAGAGACCAUGUAUCUCUGAAGUACGAGCAUGCAUCAAUUUAA